AUGCAUUCUCUCGUUCCACAUCACACUAAUCCCCAAAUUCAACAGUUUCUUCAACUGCAACAAGCCACAGCUUCGGCUAUAGCUACACCAAAUCCUUUGAAUGUUGGAGGUGCUAAUAACUUAAACUCGCAGCUUCAUGGUUCUGCAUCAAAUCUUCAUGGUUUGCCUAUGGGUGGUGAUCCCUGGGGAACUGGUAUAGGAACUCAGUUGUCUCUACCGAUGCAACACCAACAUAAAUUAGAGGAAGAAAAAAUUUAUUUUUUAAUUACCGAGUUAACAAAUCCUGCUAACAGGGAACAGGCUCUUGUGGAGUUGAGUAAAAAGCGGGAACAAUAUGAUGAUUUGGCGUUGAUAUUAUGGCAUUCAUUUGGUGUAAUGGCAGCAUUGUUACAGGAAAUAGUGUCAGUUUAUCCGCUUCUUGUGCCACCUCAACUUACAGGCCAGAUAUCCAAUCGUGUUUGUAAUGCUUUGGCAUUAUUGCAAUGUGUGGCAAGUCAUAGUGAAACUCGAGGUUUAUUUUUAAACGCUCACAUUCCUUUGUUUUUGUACCCAUUUCUUAAUACAACGAGCAAGACUAGACCGUUUGAAUACCUUAGAUUAACAAGCCUAGGCGUUAUCGGUGCUCUUGUAAAGAAUGAUAAUCCCGAAGUUAUCUCAUUUUUGUUGUCAACUGAAAUUAUACCUCUAUGUUUACGCAUAAUGGAAACUGGAAGCGAACUAUCAAAAACAGUGGCUAUCUUUAUUGUUCAAAAGAUCUUAUUGGAUGAAAUGGGGUUGGAAUAUAUCUGUGCUACCUAUGAGCGUUUUUACGCCGUAGGUACUGUUUUGAGCAAUAUGGUUAUUCAACUUGUUGAAACUCAGGCUGUUCGUUUGUUAAAACACGUUGUCAGGUGCUACCUUCGCCUCUCUGAUAAUCCUAGAGCGCGGGAAGCUCUUCGACAAUGUUUGCCAGAACCACUAAGGGAUGCUACGUUUUCGCAAGUCUUGAAGGAUGACAUGGUCACCAAGCGUUAUUUGGCUCAACUUCUUUAUAACCUUUCAGAUAACGUAGUUACUACGAACUAA